AAGAUAAAAAAACACACGAACACGUACCCAAGUUGUCUUGUCUCUAGCUAGUCUCUCUCGACGACGACGACGAUGUCUCUGCCACGUUCCAUUACUAUUCCUCUCUUUCUGGGCCUCUCACUUCUGGUGUCGCUGCCUUCUCCGGCGACUUCACUCACAUGCACCUCCCAGAAGUUCUCCGAUAACAAAGUUUAUUCGAAUUGCGUUGACCUUCCUGUGUUAAACUCCUACCUCCAUUGGACCCUUGAUUCUUCCAACUCUUCUCUUUCCAUCGCCUUUGUCGCGGCUCCGGCGAAGCCUGGCGGGUGGGUUUCUUGGGCGAUAAACCCGACCGGGACUGGCAUGGCCGGAGCGCAGGCUCUGGUGGCGUUCAAAAACGAGGGCGUAGUGACGGCGAAGACUUAUAACAUUAGCUCUUACAGUUCGGUAGUCCCCGGGAAGCUGUCGUUCGACGUGUGGGACUUGAAGGCAGAGGAGUUAUCCGGCGGGGCGAUGUUGAGCAUUUUGGCGAAGGUGAAGCUGCCGGAAAAUGCAGAGACGGUGAACCAGGUGUGGCAGGUGGGGCCCUCAGUCACCGACGGAGGACUUGACUCUCAUGAAUUUGCUCCGGCGAAUCUGGAUUCCAAGGGCGUGUUGAACUUGAAGUCAGGCCAGAGUUCCAGCAUCAGUGGCGGGGCCGAUUCAAGAACACAGCAAAAGAAUAUUCAUGGAGUGCUAAAUGCAGUGAGCUGGGGGUUUCUGUUCCCAUUGGGAGUGAUAAUAGCAAGAUACAUGAGGGUGUUUCCGUCAUUGGACCCUGCAUGGUUCUAUCUGCAUGUGUUCUGUCAAGUUUCAGGAUACGCCAUUGGAGUCUCGGGGUGGGCCAUUGGGCUUAAGCUAGGAAGUGAAUCUCAUGGCAUUCACCAUUCUGGCCAUCGCAAUAUUGGAAUUGCCCUUUUCUGUCUCGCAACAUUACAGGUUUUUGCAUUGUUCUUGAGACCAAAGAAGGAGCACAAAUACAGAACUUGGUGGAAUAUGUAUCAUCAUGGUAUUGGAUAUAUUACCAUCAUCCUUGGAAUCAUUAACAUAUUCGGAGGAUUCAACAUCUUGAGCCCUCACAGAAGAUGGAAGAUUGCUUACGUGGCAGCCAUUGCUGCUCUGGCUGUCAUUGCCUUGUUGCUCGAAGUCAUCACUUGGAUCGUCUUCUUCACCAGAAAACGCAGAAACAACAACGCUUAAUUAAUUCAUCUUAUAUACAUUGACCUCAAAAAUGAACAAGAAUUACCUCCUAAGAACUUAAUUAAUUGCAUCUUCUCUACAACGAUUGUAGAGUAUAUACAUUGAAAUAUGCUUAAAAAGUUUUAAUUUGUUUGCUGGGUAUGUGUAUAUUGAAAUACUUCAUUUGGGAAGAGUGACUUUGUUUUUUUAAUUACUUUAUCUUGCU